CGGGACCAGAGUGACUACGGUGACCCGCGAAGCUCACGCUACCCUAUCUUUUUGCGUUUCUAUAUUUCAGUCUUUCCUUUUCCUCAAUGACGAUGGGUGACAUGACAUUCGAAGAACUGGAAGAUUUAGUACAUUUUUCAGUCCACGAUUUACCAGGUCGCGGGUAUGCAGUCAUGGAAGAAAUCCGACGGCAAGGGAAACUCUGUGAUGUGACCCUGAAGGUUGGUGAACACAAAUUCAGCGCUCACAGGAUAGUCCUGGCAGCUUCCAUUCCAUACUUCCACGCCAUGUUCACCAAUGACAUGGUGGAAUGUAAACAGGAUGAGAUUGUCAUGCAGGGAAUGGAUCCUAGUGCUCUUGAAGCUCUGAUAAAUUUUGCUUACAAUGGCCAUGUGGCAAUAGACCAGCAGAACGUCCAGGCCCUCUUAAUAGGGGCCAGUUUCCUACAGCUGCAGAAUGUCAAGGAUGCCUGUUGCUCUUUCCUUCAGGAGAGAUUGCACCCAAAAAACUGUUUGGGUGUGCGUCAGUUCGCAGAGACUAUGAUGUGCACCACGCUUUACGACGCUGCCAACAGCUUUGUGCACCAGCACUUUGUGGAGGUGUCCAUGUCAGAGGAGUUCCUGGGGCUCCGGCUGGAAGAGGUGCUGGAGCUGGUGGGCUGUGACGAGCUCAAUGUCAAAGCAGAGGAGCAGGUGUUCGAGGCAGUACUGGCGUGGGUGCGGCACGACAGGGAGGACAGAGAGGCUUAUCUCCCGGAGUUGCUGGCCAGGACGCGCCUGCCCCUGUGCCGGCCCCAGUUCCUGGCCGACCGCGUGCAACAGGAUGAACUGGUCCGCUGCUGUCACAAGUGCAGAGACCUAGUAGACGAAGCUAAAGAUUAUCACCUCAUGCCCGAGCGUCGCCCACACCUCCCAGCCUUUAAGACCCGACAGCGAUGCUGCACGUCCAUCGCUGGGCUCAUAUAUGCAGUGGGAGGGCUCAACAGCGCAGGAGACUCGUUAAAUGUGGUUGAGAUGUUUGACCCAAUCGGUAACUGCUGGGGGCGCUGCCAGCCAAUGGCCACAGCCCGAAGUCGAGUUGGAGUGGCUGUUGUAAAUGGGCUGCUUUAUGCCAUUGGUGGAUACGACGGCCAGUCACGGCUCAGCACAGUAGAAGUCUACAACCCAGAGACCGACACGUGGAGCCGAGUGUCUAGUAUGAAUAGUCAACGCAGUGCAAUGGGAACAGUUGUGGUAGAUGGACACAUAUAUGUUUGUGGAGGCUAUGAUGGCAAAUCCUCGUUAAAUUCUGUAGAAUGCUAUGCACCUGAGAGUGACCGGUGGACACUGGUGACCGAGAUGAGCGCGAGUCGCAGUGCUGCUGGAGUGACUGUUUUUGAUGGGAGGAUAUUCGUAUCCGGUGGCCAUGAUGGCCUACAGAUCUUCAACACGGUGGAGUACUACAACCAGCACACAGCCCUGUGGCACCCUGUGGCGGCCAUGAUGAACAAACGAUGUCGGCACGGCGCGGCGGCCCUGGGCAGCCAGCUCUACGUGGUGGGGGGCUACGACGGCUCUGGCUUCCUGAUGGGCGCGGAGGUGUACAGCUCGGUGGCGGACCAGUGGAGUCAUCUGGUGCCCAUGAACACGCGCCGCAGCCGCGUCUCGCUGGUGGCCAACUGCGGCCGGCUCUACGCCGUGGGCGGCUACGACGGCCAGUCCAACCUGAACUCGGUGGAGAUGUACGACCCCGAGACCAACCGCUGGACAUUCAUGGCGCCCAUGGUGUGCCACGAGGGCGGGGUGGGGGUCGGCUGUAUACCUCUCAAGCCUGCUUAGCCCCGUCAAGUACCAAUUCUCACCUACAAUUUGUAUCGUUUUUGUUUUGUUAUCAUUAAUUUUCUUUUUUUUUUUUUCUAAUGGGUGAUAGGACUUCCAAAAAUGCAUUCAUGAUUCAUGUUUUGCAUCUUAGGUACUACACUCUCGAGGCUCUACAACUGACUGUAUAAGCCUGGCAAACUCACUGAGCCUCAGCCAGGAGAGCCCAGUGGCAACGUCCUGAUGGGAUCUUUCACAGAACAUACACAUGUACAUGUUUUUAACCAGGACGUGGUACGCUUUCAGUGGGAAAGCAUUUCAUUAUUUGUGUCCCUCCCGAGAGGGUCUCUUUGAAGAGAGAACAGAAGAGAAGAGAUGAAGGGAGAAGUGGAAAGAAGGGCCUAUAUUUGACUAGACUAAACCAGUGAGAGGGAGAGAGGGGUUUUGGCUAGACUAAACCAGUGAGAGGGAGAGAGGGGUUUUGACUAGACUAAACCAGUGAGAGGGAGAGAGGGGUUUUGACUAGACUAAACCAGUGAGAGGGAGAGAGGGGUUUUGGGAGAGACAGGAGUCUGAGAAUGUAUAUGGUCUAGUGGCUUGACAGUUGUCCACAAUAUCACGGGCAUGUGAAUUUGACACAUUCGACAUUCAUAAGACGUGUAGGUGAGAGAUCCCGGGCAUUCCAUAAUGAUUAUCUACAGUGAACAUUCAAAGCUGCUUAGCGUAGGCCAACCUGUCCACUGUGCCCUUAGCCAGAAACGGAUCCUCGCGUACUCUGUUUCAGUGAACACACUGUGUGUGUGUUUUUGUGUGUAUGUGUGUGUCAGUGUGUGUGUGUGUGUGUGUCAGAGAGUGAGUGAGUGAAUGUGUUUGUUUGUGUCUACCUAUCCUGUAUUUUUGUGAGUGGGAGAAUGGGCGCUUAACUGGAAGCUUAAUUGUGUUUUUAAUAGGGAAGAGUAAAACCACUGAGGGUUGCUUUCAUGCAAAUCUAUUAUUUAUUGUUGGGAGAUCUGGAUCAUGUUUCAACGGUGUACAAUCACCACAGUGACAGUCAUGACAGUGUUCAAUAACUUGUGUUAUUGAUAUAUCAUUGGUGGUCUCAUAUCAAUGCUAUGGGACUGAAUGCAGAAGUCAACCUAUAAGAAAAUGAGAAACAGUUGUCACGUCCACUUUACGUGCCAUGUUCAAACUGUUGAAAUAUUUUUGGGGAAAUGAUGAGUCCACCACUGAUAUAAAAUAUUAAUCAUGAGUCAUUUGCCCUGUUCAUUAGUCGUGAAAUAAAAUCUAUGACGGCCUUUCCACAUCUCCUCUUCCACAGCAAGGGCCAAUUCUAAAUCCAGUAUUGUGACCUGAAAGAAAGGUUUGCAUGUCUCAAAUGAUUUACCUCACAUGCGUUUGUUUGUCAGAUGGUAUGAGGGCUUAAUGGAUUCACUUGAUACCAAAAAGAAGAGGAGUGUGGAGCAAGCCUGAUGAGCUAUUCUUGAAACAUUACUGAACAGGCUGGGAGUGUUUCAUAUAACUUGUGCUUAUAGUUGUGGCUCAAAGCGAGAGUUUUGAGAGCAACUGAAUGAAUGAAAACUGCUCUGCUUCCUAGAUUCAUUCCCCAUACAUUUUCUUUCUAUACAUUUUCUUGAGAGGAACAGCAACAUGAAAUUGUGGGAUAAUGUACUGUGAAUUUUGAAUACAGAUAAUUUUUUGCCAUCUGUGUUUUUUCUGCUGAUAUUAUUGUAAGAUGAUGUUUUUUUUUGUAUUAACUUCCAGUCCUGGCGUAGUAUUUGUACUACCCUAGGUUUUUGGUACUGGACCAUAGAUUUUAUUUAUUAUUUGUUGUACUUUUCUUUAUAUGGUUUUGCACAUAAUGGUUUGAAAAAAGUAACUCUUUCAUAUUUUAAUAUUGCUUAUAAUUAUUGCUUUUUCUAAUCUUGAGGACUGUCUUGAUCAGUGGAGUUGGUGAUUCUCACCUUUCACUUCUUUCUUUCUUACAUCUGUCAUGUUGUCUUAAGCUACCUCUGUUCUGAGAUGGGAGGUCAUGUUCGGGGAAAUUUGCCUGCUAAAAUCAAAACCGAAAUUCCUCAGCCAGGUUUUACUGACACAAUUAAGGCAUCUUUCCUUGACGUCUGUUCUUAAAUCAUGGUGUGUUGAAGGAAAAUUAAAAUGUCACAUUUUGUUCUCGGUUCCUCUACACUCAGAUGGACUGUGCGUCAUGUACAAAAAAAAAGAAAGAAAAUGCCUUGUCAAAAAAUAAUAAACUAAAUAGUUAAUGUUUUUUGCCUA